AUGAAUGCUGCUUACACUGCAAAUAGUUACAAAGAAUGUUGGGAUGUCAAUUCAUGUCGUUCAUUGACAAAAAUGGACGGAAUUGAGGAACAAGAAGAUCUAUCUCCAAUUAUUCAAAUCUUUGAACGUCUCGUCUUUCAACGAAAUCAAGAACUUCAUGAUCAAGUUUCGUCAAUGAUCGAUUUGUUUUCUCUCUCGGAAGUUACCUUAGAUAUGUUAGAUACAUUAAUUGAAUGUGUAAAAGUCAUCUUUGUCAAUCAGCAAACCAAUAAAAAUCAGCGAAACUUAGAUUUUCUUGUUACACUCACACAUGUCACACAUCUAACCUACACAAGUAACAAAAAUUUAGCAUUAGUUUUCGAUGCUCUAAUUGAUGUUUUCAGUCAAUCGAUGAUUGCAGUCGAUAGUCAUAUUCGUCAUACGACACUUCGUAUUCUUAAUAAACUGCAAACAUUUGUUGAUCUAUCUCGAUCGCCGUUUGUACCUGAUCAGUUCGAGCAAUAUCUAUUAGAAUUAUUGCAAAAUGAAACAACACUUCUUGUUCUUGAUGAAAUUAUUCCAUUAGCGGCGAAAUUUCAACAUAAAAAUUCUCAAUUUAUUGAUGCUUUCCUCAACAGAAUCAAUUCAGCCAAAUGGGCUUCAUAUGUGGAUCGACGACGUCAAAUAGUCUCACUGAUCGAGUAUUCUCCGGCGUCUCUCCAAUUUCUUUUAUCCUCCAUUGAAACGGACACAGAUGUAUCUCAAAUCGCGUUUGAAAGUCUUCUAGCGAACGAACGAGGUUUUACGAUCUACUCAAUCGAAGAUCAGGGUCGAUUGACGAUUUUCAAAAUCGCAAGAACGUCGCGUGAUUUAUCUCGGUUGAUCUUUACCAGAUGGAUUAAUCAAAGUGGAGACGAACUCGUCGAUAUUCUUCGUUUAUGUCAGAUCUCAUCCUUAACCGAAAGCAAGAAAACCAACGAACGAUUGAUGAUCGAAACAUGUUUAAAAUAUUUCCUAACUGAUAGUCACAUUCGACGCAUUGUAGUCAAUAACAUGAAGAAAGUUCUUGGAAAUAAUCAGGGUGGCCUGUUAUCAUCGAAUAUGACCAAUUAUAUUGAAUAUCUAUUUCUAUGGCGUAUCUUAUGUCAAUUAAUCAGUGAAGAAGACGAUGACGAUACCAAUAUUCAUCCGGACUUUCAAGAGUUCAUCACACAUUACUAUCGUAUCAUUAAAUCUUCUAUCAACGAAAAGUUAUCUUCAACUAACGAAUUCAUCCUUUGUCAAUACGCUUCCAUUCUCAGCACAUUCGACAUGCUCGAUAUCUAUCGUCGUAAAUGUCUGGAAGCCAUGGGUCGAUGUAUUCUCGUACAUUAUGGUCGAUACGAAGCAAUUAUCCAGCAAGCCUAUCAACUCAUUCGCCGUGUUCAUCCAACGCCCGAGACAACAAAUGAGCGAUACCAAUUGAUAACGUACACGUUAAAUGAUGUCAUCCAACGUUGUCAAAGCUCGCACAAUGAACAAAUGAUAUUCAUUCAAUGUAUGACUAUUGCAAGAAUUUUUAUCGAACAAGAAAAGCAAUUCGAAUCGAGCAAUACAGAUUUCAAACAAUUGAUCGAUUCACUAAUUAAAUCCGGUUUAUCGCAUAAUCAAAUCGAUAUUCAAGCUCAAACAUUAGCAACACUACGAACUCUUAUGUGCCAUUCUCGACAAGUGGCCGUGGAAUAUCUUUCACAACUUCUUCAUAUGAUCGAUAAAAUUGAUCAUCCAUCAUUAAAAUGUCAAUUAGUAUCAACUUUUCUCGAUGUUCUUUUGGUUCAUAGUCUUGAUAUUUUAACAAAUAUCGACCUUUUGGAUAUGACACCAAUACAGUUUACUACUGAAUUCGUGUUAGAUCUAUUCGACGAACGGAACGUGGAACUGAAAAGUUUGAUCGUAUUUGAUGUGAUGAAAUUACUUCUGACUGCUCGUUUGGAACCAACGAGUCACCUAUUGAAAAUGAUUCUUGAUUAUCGUUUUUCAAAUGAUCAUUACUUGAUCGCUCAACAACAACAACAAGAUGACAUCACUUCAUUCUUCUAUUUCUUCGCUCAUUUAUCAACAUCGAAUGUUCAACUGAUCGAAGAAUUAACAUUCGAUCUCGUUUCUCGCUAUUUACCAUUUGUAUUUGACCGCAGUACGAAAGCAUAUCAAUCGAUUCUAACCGAAUCUAUGUGUUCUUUCUGUCUUCAACUCCUUUCAUUACCAACGUUACCAAUCGAGGAACAUCCAUACUACCACCUCGCAAAACGUCUUCUCGAAACGAUUCAUCAAUCAACAAAUAAUCGUACGACAUUUAUCAUCAAAUCCUAUAUGACUACCAUCAAACAUUUCCAAUUCGAAUAUCUGACCAAAGAACAAUUACAAAAUCUUUUAGAUUCACUUCUUCCACUUCAACAAUAUCCGAAUGUACCGUCGGUUGUAUCAAACUUGAUAAAAAACAUCUUCGAUCAGAUUGAAUCGUCAUUGAAACUAAUCAACAGAUUGACUGGCGAACGUAACGAAGACAAACGAUCUCGUUCACCAUCAUUAUCAUCUCCUAACAAUGCUAAACGUGUUUCUUCGCAAUUCCAUCCGUCGAUCACAUCGUCGCCUAUUGUUCUUCAAGAUCGAACUAAUCAAACUAUUCAUACAAACAAUGAACCGAUCAAUCGAUCAGCAUUGAAAGGGAUCAAACGAAAGAUCACUUCUCAACGUUACACAACACUUGAUUUCGAAAAUGAUGCAGAUGAUUAUUUCUAA